CGUAGAAUUUCCCGUUUUGAAAACUUUCACCAAACCUUGAAAAAUUAAAUGCUUACAUUACAUAUUCUCAAAACCCCAUCAAUUCUCAGCCUUGAAGAUAAUCUUCAACAAUCACCCACACUAAAAAAACACACACUCUGAUCUUUCUAUUACAAAAAUUGCAAAACGAUGUCGUCUUCAAUGGCUUUAUUUUCAUCAACCCCAGCAACUAAAAGCAUUCUUGUAUCCGAACUUGCAAUAAAAGGGCAUAUGUCUGAUGCCCUUGUUAUUUAUGAUGAGAUGGGGAAAAUUUGGAGCCGCAAGCUGUUUUACUUCUUAUUCUCGACAUAUGAUUUGUUGAAGCAACGGGUGCAGAAGGCCACUCGUGACUUCCACAUUAACAGCAUUUUUGUCGGGGCGUUUGUUGAAAUCACGAACACGGAGCCAGCUGGCAUUCAGUUCGGCAUCGAUCUCUUUCGAGCAAUUAAGGAAGAUUUGCGUAUUAGACCCCCACGAGGGUGUCCUGAUUUUUUGCUCGCCUCAAGCGUUGCUGCAAAGGAAGGUGCUGGGCUUGUUUGGAAAGAGUAUGAGUUAGCUGGUUUGCCUUACAAUCAGCUUACGUAUCUUAGCAUGCAUCAGGCCCUUCUUGCCUCUGGGCAGCAUGAACAAGCUGAGUUGCUGCUUGAGAACAUGCCCAGGAGUUUUCUUGACGAGUUUAUGGAGCCUCUAAUUAUGGCGAAUAACUCAACUUUUGGCUGUGUUGAAACCUAGUUUUGAGAAAUAAAGAAGUGAAGGGACUCAAGUUGUUCAAGACUCAAUCUUGGAGCAAAAGGACUAAUAGAGAAGAAGAGGAAAGUCGAAGGGUGCUUGAUGUAACUUAUUUAUGAGUUUUUUUCUAAAAUAGUAUAUUGACUAAAAUUAUUUACCAAAUUAGUGUAGUUUUAAAAAUA